UCUACACAUUGCACAACUCGAUAUCGACAGCCACGUUUCUUUAGCAUCGAGUCGCACCCACGAUCAUGUCGUUUACGCUCACCAUCCGCGCUGGGCCUGCGCGCCUGGCUUCGCGGAUCCCCGAGUUCGCAAAGGCCUCGAGCGGUCCUGCCGCCGCCAUCCGGGCCUUCCACAAGUCUGCGCCCAAGACCACCAACUUCUUCACCUCGAGGACGACGACUCCCUUGCUCAUCGCCCAGAAGCCCGCCACCAACAGCCUCCUCGCUCGUCUCCAGGGCGCCCGCCGCGGUUACCAGUACCAGUCUCAUACUCAGCCCCAGCCGGACAGUGGCCUGUUGAUGCGCAAGCUCCUGUACGGCGGCGCCAUGGUCGGCGGCACCUGGGUUACUCUGCAGUUCAUGUUCAACCGGGAGACUCGCGCGGACGGCGGCAUGCCCCCUUACGAGCGCUCCUACCUCAACAAGACCUUUAUGCACACUGGACUCGGCAUCGGCAUCAUCGGUCUGACGGCCUACCAGAUGCUCCAGACCGGCUUCACUUAUCGUCUGAUGGUUACCAACCCUUGGGUUGUCGCUAUCGGUGGUCUCGCUCUCUCUUUCGGUUCCAUGCUUGCCACUCGCGCUAUUGAUCCUGACAACUACAUCCCCAAGUAUGCCUGCUGGGCCGUCUUCAACGCUACCCAGGCCGCCUUUGUCGCUCCCCUCCUCGCCAUGGCCCCUCCCGCUCUCCUCGCUCGCGCCGGUCUCUACACCAUCGCCAUGAUGGGCGCCAUCUCGUUUGUCGGUGCCACCGCUAAGCAGGAGAAGUACCUCUACAUUGGCGGUCCUCUUCUCGCCGGUGCUGCCAUUGUCGCCGUUUCUGGUUUCGCUCCUCUGGUUCUCCCCGCCACUGCCGUCCGCACCCUUGCCUUCACCGAGAACCUCUGGCUCUAUGGUGGUCUUGCUGUCUUCGGUGGCUUUACCCUCUAUGAUGUCCAGAGGGUUCUCUACCAUGCUCGUCUCGCCCAGGCUGGCGUCAUCAAGGAGGAUCCCGUCAACGAGUCCAUCUCGCUUGAGCUUGACUUCCUCAACAUCUUUGUUCGCAUGGUGCAGAUUCUCAUGAUGCAGCAGAACCGCAGGAAGUAAGAGGUGUUCGAAGGAUGAGUUGAACCAAGAAAGCGUUGAACAAGAUACCAGAUCGUUUGCUUUUGAAGUUUAUGGUCAGCACUCUGCUCAGUGUCGGUUGUUGACGGAGUCACGCAAGAAGGAGCUGUUGGUCUGAUUCGGUUCAGGCAGUUGUUUGUAUUCUACUUGUAAAUUUAUGUAGAUAUCCCAAGAUAACUCCCCAACAAAAAAAAACGGCAAAACCCAACAUCUCUCUGCCGUCCCAAACGCCGUCUGAUGCAAUGUUGUCGCUAGUAUGUUAAAUCCGCCCAUGCCGUGUAUGUUGUCCGGGAUCCCGCUGUGUUGAAUUACCAUCCCAUCAUGUCUCGUCCGGAUCCUGCCCGAAUGUCAUCCCCAGAUUAUGCUGGGCGCACUCUUGCUAGUACGCCCAGGACUCGGUUUGGUGCGCGCUCGGGGCGGCACAGUUGCUCAAAACCCAAGAGCCUACGUGAGCUCAGGGAACUUGCGCAAGAAGUGACUGGGGCACUCGUACCCAUCGGGGUUGUUCACCAAGUACAGCUGGUGAUACUGCUCGGCAUCCCACCACUCCUUGGCUGGGAGGAUCUCAGUGACGAUCUUGCCACCCCACCACUGUUCGUUGGCUUUCUUGGUGAUCUCCUCGGCAACCUUCUUUUGUUCAUCAUUGUGAUAGAAGAUACCGCUGCGAUACUGCGCGCCGCGAUCGGGCCCCUGCUGGUUGUGCGUCGUGGGGUCGUGCAUCUUGUAGAAGAACUCGAGGAUUUGGGUGUAGGAGAGACGGGUGGGAUCGUAGAUCAGGAGGGUAGCUUCGGCGUGGCCAGUGUUGCCAGAGCAAACUUGCUUGUAGGAGGGGUUGGAGGCGUCUCCGCCAAUGUAGCCGACACGCGCAUCGUAAAGACCCUUGUCGGCAAAGUGCUUGCGGUAGAGGUGCUCAACGCCCCAGAAGCAGCCGGCGGCGACGGUGGCCUUCUCGGCACCCUCGGGGACGGUGACGGGGCUGGAAGGGAAGGCGGCAGUGGACAUUUUGGAGGUCUGGGUGUUGAGGGAACGGAAGAUGCGACCGAGGAGCGAAGACAUGCGUUACGUUGUUCGGACUGGGACUUGGCGAAGCUAAUGGAUGGAGGUCGGGGGCUUUAUAAAGCUUCGUAGGGCUG